AGUUCAGUUCAGUCCAUUUUGUAGAAGUGCAGUGUUGUGAAUAACAAAAGCCAAAAUGCCGAUUGAUUUCUACUACGUCCCUGGAUCGGCCCCAUGCAGGUCCGUACUUCUUGUGGCUAAAGCCCUUGGAGUCGAACUCAACCUCAAACAUACAGAUUUGAUGAAGGGGGAACAUCUUACACCAGAAUUUAUCAAACUUAACCCACAACACACUGUCCCAACCAUCGACGACAACGGUUUUUGCUUAUGGGAAAGCAGAGCCAUAUUGACUUACUUGGCUUCCCAAUAUGGAAAAGACGAUUCCCUUUACCCAAAAGACCCCAAGAAACGCGCCCUUGUCGACCAAAGAUUGUACUUCGACAUCGGAACUCUAUACCAAAGAUUUGCUGACUAUUAUUACCCGGUCUACUUUGGAGGAGCCGCCUUUGACGCAGCAAAACUCGAGAAAAUCAACGACGCCUUCAAGUUCUUGGACACGUUCCUGGAAAAGUCUGAGUUUGCCGCCGGCGACAAGUUGACUGUCGCCGAUUUGGCCCUGCUCGCCACCGUCACCACCUUCGAGGUCGUGAACUACGACCUGACCCCCUACAAGAACGUCGGCAGGUGGUUGGCCAAGGCCAAAUCCGUUGCCCCUGGCUACGAGGAAGCCAACGGCAAGAACGUGCUGAUCUUCAAGCAGAUGGUCGACCAUUUGACCAAAAAAUGAAUGUCCAAGUUAUAAGUUUGGGUACCUUUUAAUGUUAAUGUUGAGCGUUUUUUUGAAGUAUUACUAUGUAUUUAAGAGCACGAGGUUUUUUAAAUAGAUUUAUUUUUCACUA